GUAUUAUGUAAGCAGCUCUAAUUCGUUUUGAUAUGGCAGCUAAUGAUGGCAAAGUAAAUGCAGAAUAGGUGAUAAGCAUUCUACAAAGUCUAAAUUAUAAUCCUUAAGAUAUCACUAAGAUAGUGUCUCAGAUUACCGCUGAUAUUGGUAUUUGCAAUCAAUAUUUGAGAUGUCAAAUAAUUUAAAGAGUUAUUAACUCAAAAGGAAGAGCCUAAGUAAGAAAGACUAACAACUUCUUAAAUAAGAUAAAUUGAAGAUGAAUUUAGACAAGCUGUCAAGUAUGGGAAUGUUGAUAAAGUUCUAUAAUAUUUGAGUAAAUAUUCAAGUCUAUAUACUGAUUAGAUAAAUAUCAAAAUUAGAUUGAUCUAGCAAACAAAAUAGAGCCAUAAAAUAGAUAAAUACCAACUUAUGAUGCAGUAUAAGCACCUGCUGAAUAUUAAGCUUAUUUAAUUCUCAAAACACUUUAUGAACAUGGAUCUGAUAUUCAUUAUAGAGAUGCUAUGCAAUAAUCUAUUAUGUUUUAUAUAUGUAGAGAUGGAAGAUGUUAAUUAUUCGAUUUUCUUAUUUCUAAAGGAUUGAGUGUUAAUGAAUAAGAUUAAAAUGGUCAGACUCCUAUUUUUUAUGCAGCAAGAGAGAAUAAAGUUGAAAUCUUAUAAAGAUUAAUUUAAAAUGGAGCAAAUGUUAAUCAUAGAGAUAAAAUUUUAGAUUAAACAGCUCUAUUUUAUUCAGCCAAAGAAGGUCAAUUAUAAGCAUGCUAACUUUUGAUUGAUGUAAUUAUUUCUUUUAUGAUUUAAUUUAGGCUGGUUGUAAAAUAAGUCAUCAGGAUGCAACCAAAAAAACAGCUGUUGCUUAUGCAAAAAAAUUUAAUAGAAAAGAAGUCUAUGAUUUGUUAAUUAUAGGUGCUUAGAGAUAGAAAGAUGAGGCUAAUUAAAAAAGAGAUGAUGGUCAUUCAAAAAUAGAAUAAAAGAUAAAUAGAAAGAAAAAUAAAGAUUUACCUAAAUUUUAAUAUAAAUUAAUGCAUAUAGAUGAUAAGGGACUUUCAAAAGAAGUAACUAAUGAAGAUUUUGAAAAGUUUACAUAAGAAUUUCCUGAAAUUGCUAAAUUGAUAAUGAAUCCUGAUGAUAAUAUAGAUGAAACCAUGAUUUCAUCUAUUAAAGAAGAUCAAAUGUGGGAUAAAAUAGCAAAGAAAAUACUUAAUUAACUUUGGAAAUUAAAGCAAAGUGUAUAUUUUUUGGAACCUGUUGAUGUUAAUAGAUACUAAAUUUUAGAUUAUUAUGAUAUUGUUAAAAAUCCAAUGGAUUUCGGAACUAUUAAAGUAUUAAUGAAAUUUAAUAAUAAUAGUAAAAAUUACAAAAUAAUCAAUAUAAAUGUUUUAAAGAAUUUCAUAUUGAUAUACUCUUAGUAUUUGAGAAUUGUGUACUAUAUAAUGGAAUUCAUUCUGAAGUUGGAUAAGCAGGAAUUAAAGUGAAAUAAGAGUAUUUAUUAAUGUUGGAACAAAAUGGAAUUAAUAAGAAUUUAUGA